AUGAUAAUUACAACAUGGAUUGUGUACAUUCUCGCCCGGAAAGGUGCCGGGUUCCCCUUCCCACCAAAAGUCAGUUCGGACGUGGAAGUUGUGGAGAGCGAGGCUGUGUCUGUAGUACAGCACUGGUUGAAAAAGACUGAAGAAGAGGCUUCCCAGGACAUAAAGGAGAAGAUGUCCACCAACUGCCCUCCCACGCAUGGCCAAGAUGUACAUGUGACCAGAGACGUGGUGAAGCACCACCUCUCAAAGUCUGAUUUGUUAACAAACCAGAGUCAGGAGGUCCUGGAGGAAAGAACAAGAAUCCAGUUCAUAAGAUGGAGCCAUACCCGUAUCUUCCAAGUGCCAAGCGAGGUGAGAAAUGAUGCCAUGCGAGAACGGAUAGAGCAGGUGAGACGAAGCAUAUGCCAUCUUAUGGAUGAAGCAUCUCAGGAGCUUCACAGGAGAAAUUCCUACUCAGACUGCUGAGAGCAGCA